AGUGACGUGCCCAUCCUGUCCUGUGGUGGUCUUGCCAAGCGCUGGUUGGUUCCUGGCUGGAGGAUGGGCUGGAUCCUCAUCCAUGAUCGUAAUGACAUAUUUGGAACCGGAAUUCGAGAAGGACUUGUGAAACUAAGCCAGCGCAUAUUGGGACCAUGUACUGUGGUUCAGGGAGCAUUAGAGAGCAUUUUGAAUGACACGCCACCAGAGUUCUACCAAGGCACCAUCAGUUUCCUCAAGUCAAACUCAGAGAUAUGUUACUCGGAGUUGUCAACUGUUCCCGGGCUGAAUCCAGUGAUGCCAUCAGGAGCCAUGUACAUUAUGGUGAGUGGACAAUUUUGUGUAUUAUAAGAUAAGAGUGGAUGAAAAUGAAGCAUUGUUUAUAAACUUAAACUAAAGGGGUAAUUUAACCAAAAGUUGCAGUUCUGUCAUCAUUUACUGUCCUUUAUUGUUGUCCAACUCCAGAAUGACAAAAAAAGCUUAAGUGGA